CUCCGUCUAAGCCGCUUCUUCACACCUUUUUUCGUCGGUGGAAAUGCCCAGCUUAUCAUGAAUGACGUUUGUCAAAGUCAAGCACAACACGUCAUUUCGCAUUGGCUCCCUCUGCUUCGACGUAUUUUCCGAAAGAUAUCUAAUAACCUCAGCACUCCGUAGCUCUCCAUUUGUAUCCCAACGAAUAAACAUGUUGGACGGCGGCGUCUGGCUUCAUUUGGAGUUUGGAGUGAAGUGCGACGUCAAGCACUCGGAUGUGACGUCAUUCGAAGCUGAGGAUUUCGAGCUCGCUCGAACGCCUCACCGACAGCUUUCUUUUUAUACGGUGAAAAACAAAGCCCGAAAACCUUUGCAUUUGUUGGGUUGACGUUUGCGAUUGGCACCUCUUUAUUUGAAUUGAGAUCCUCCGAAGAAUCGGACAAGCACAUAUAUCAAUCAGUACGGUAUGUACGUAGCAGCUGCUUGGACUGAGACCCGAGGGGAAAGGUGCUCCUUGUUGUUAAUGUCGACCUGCUAAAAUAAGCUAGCGCCAUCACAUGAACCCCGUCUAUUUGCUGGAGUCCAAUUACUGCCCUCAGCUGAGCUAGCGAGCUGUAGCAACAACUAGCAAGCAGCGGCGUUCACAGAGUCCGCCGUUACAAGCGACUUGUUCGCGGUUUUUCGUUUUUUUAUAUCGUUUGUCAAACGUCAUUUCAUCUGCAUUCCGACUGUCGUUCAACAACACAGUGAGGUUCAUGCUACUAUGACUUUGCUAGCCUUUUGUUGGUCACGUAAGCUGCUUUUUUUCCGGGGCAAAAACGUGUCAUCUGGAAAGGCCGGCUAGCCGUCCGUCCGCACAGCUCAUGCAUGAUACAUGAACAUUAAGGGAACUUGAUUACGUGCUAAGGAUGGCUAGUACUGGGGAAGUAGACCGACCUGUUAGCCCACUUCCCCCAAGUAAGAAAGGCAGUGCCGGCAGCGGCAGCAACGGUGCCGCUGGUAGCGGCGCUGAAUCGUCAUGCCCCGGUUCCAACAACACAUCGCCUGCCCUCUCUGUACCAGAGUGCGCCAUCUGUCUGCAGAGCUGCGUCCACCCAGUGCAACUCCCGUGCCAUCACAUCUUCUGUUUCCUCUGUGUGAAGGGAGCAUCCUGGCAGAGCAAGCGCUGCGCUCUCUGCAGACAGGAAGUGCCAGAUGACUUCCUGGAAAGGCCCACACUUCUCUCCCCGGAGGAGUUGAAAGCCUCUGCAGGCGGUCGGGGCGGGGAGGUGAACGAUCACGCCUGGUAUUAUGAGGGCCGCAACGGUUGGUGGCAGUAUGACGUGCGAACCAGCCGCGAGCUGGAAGACGCUUUCUCCAAGGGCAAGAAAACGGCCGAGAUGCUCAUCGCCGGCUUUUUGUAUGUGGCCGACUUGGAGAACAUGGUGCAGUACAGGCGCAACGAGCACGGACGCAGACGCAAGAUGAAGCGGGAUGUUUUGGAUAUUCCCAAGAAGGGUGUGGCCGGACUGCGUUUGGACACCGAGGCUCUCACGGCGGCGGCGGCGGCAGGGAGAGAAAACUCUGCCGACGGCGCCGACACCUCGGCGGCGGCGGCUGGCGGCGGCCCUUCUACUACGCCGGCCCCUCCGCCCGCUGCGAGACCCCCUGCUUCCUUGGGCGCUCAACCUGGCACCAGCGGCGGCCCCUCUCUGGAGGACGCCCUCUCGCAACUGCAAAUCGGCCACAGGCCCACUCCAUUACACGAGCGAUCCGGGGAAGGAGAGGAAGAAGACCAAGAGGACGAGGCUUUACCCUCCAGAUCUUCUGAAUCGGCCUCCUUGGAUUGGAGCGACGACGGGGAAGAAGAUCACCACCAAGGGGAGGAAGGAGGUAACGGCGAGCACGUGGAGCCGCGGGAGGAUCGGCGGCAAAGACUGCAUCCGGAGGACAGGGCCCUCCUCCCCGCCGGCGGCGCAGACUCCGUUUUGCCUCUUUUGUCAUCGACGGGCGGAAGGUCCCGAAUGCCCGAUGGUCAGUGUACAGUGACUGAGGUGUGAGCUUUUUGCAUCGUCCAAUUACUCUUCUGUUAAUUUAUUCCAUCCUUUUGGGCUCUCGUUCGUUCAUUAUUUGGCGCGUUUUCUAGCAGCUCUGUGCGACCGACCGACCGACCGAGCGGCUGCCCGCCUGCCCGCCAAGUUGAAACACGCAUGGAACUUCUCACUCCACUAACUCCCAAAUUCAGAUUUAGCAAAUUCUCUGUGCGCUUUUUCUAUGUGAACUCAUCUUGAGGCUUACAACAUGGUAAAGGCUACUGAAGGAAUGAUUUUAUUGCCCAUUUGAUAUCAGCAUUCCAUCUGUCAAGUGCUUCCUCGGCAAAUUGUUCAGAUCUUGAAAUGAAGCCAAACGGGUGCAUGUUUAGAGAGAGCGAGAGAUUUUGUUUCACCAGGCAAAAUGCUCUCGUUAAGUUGGCUCUGUGCAACGUGCGAGCGAGGCAGCGAGACGACGAUGCCAUUCCAAAUCGCAAAGUUUCAACUUGUAUUCUACAUGCUUGGGUUAUCUCAUUUUUGGCUAACAGUUUUCGCUUGGCAUAUUUUUCUGUUUUUAAAUUAAUAAAUGGUCAUUUCAUCGUU